AUGGAUCGCGGUGUUGCUGACUCCUUCGCUACGCCCGCCAACGAGCACGUAAACGCCGCCAAAGUGACCUUAGCACCGCCUGCUACAGGAAAGAAGAGAAAGACCACAGAGCCCGAGACGAGCCCUGGAAAGAAUGUGGUGGACCAGGUGAAAAUGGAGAAUCAGCAUAUAAAGAAAAAGGAUGAUGGUGAAUGUCGCAAACGCCGCAAUGGCACGAAGAAGGUGAAAUACGUGGAAGAAGAUGAUGUAUUUGAGGGAGAAGAGGCUAUUUUGGCUGAGAAGAAGAAACGAGCACAGCAAUUGGAUUAUCAGCAGAGAACAGACGGGAGCUACCCGCAAUUGGACCAAAUUGUCGGUCGACGGAUAAAUGAAUCGACUGGAUUAGUAGAAUACUUGUGCAAGUUUUUUGGACGUUCGUACUUGCACUUGUACUGGCUCACGUUUGACGAGGUAGAGCUCUUUAUUCCAGCAGAUUAUCAGAAAUUUCAUCGCGUACAAGUGUACGAUCGAAAACUGAGACGCGAUGGGUAUCAACCGUUGGAUGAAGUAGAUGAUCUUGAGGCAAACAAACUCACGGUUGAAAAGGUUUUGAGCCACAAGGUGGACCCGGCCGACCAUUUGGACGAACAGAUUGAAAAGCGCCGACACCAGCUGGUGUACGAACCAAAGUUUCCACGUGUGACAGACUAUUUCUUGAUGAAUCACACUGACGCGAUUCCAGAGCGUAUGUUAGGCAUCGUGACAAAGCUGAUGAAAGAACCGGGUGGUGAUAUCUUCGAGCACCCCGUUAAUGUGGAAGAUGUCCCCGACUAUCUCAAUCAUAUCAUGAAUCCUAUCGAUUUAGGGACGAUUUCCACGCGAAUUGGUCGAGAAAGUUACUACAUUGGCUCAUCAGCCGUGUCAUUAUUUGCUUCAGACGUGCGACUGGUGUUUCGUAAUUGCAAAACGUACAAUGCCGAGGGAUCCGUCAUCUGGUGUAUUGCUGAUGAGCUUCUGCGCCGCUUUGAGAAGUGGUUUUACGAUUGGAUUCUGUCCCCAACGGCUUGGUUGAUGCUUCCACCAACAGGAAACACACAAGAAGACCAGCGACUCCAAAAAGAGUUUCGAGCUGAAGCCAAAGGCUUCUAUGACGGGUGGGCGUCUUGGCAGACCGGUUGUUGUGUUUGCGGGAAAAAUGAUAACAGCGAGGAGCUUUUGCUAUGUGACCACUGUGAUGGUGAGGUUCAUAUGUACUGUGCCACACCGGAAGUCACGGAAUUACCAGAUGGUGAAUGGUUUUGCGGGUACUGCCAAGCAUGCAAAACAUUUAUUGAGAAGGUGGAAAAGGUUAAGCAGGAAAGUGCUGAUAACAAAGCUAAAGCCAUCGACUCGGGGGGCUCCGCUGGAGUACGAGGAUGUGGUAUCCCUUCAACGCCCGGUACGACCACACCAUUUCGUUCGAAAAGAAUACCAGCUUCUGGAUUGGUGCACACGCCGAAUAUUCUUUUGAAUCGCGCAGAAGGUGAAGGCAAAGUUAACAAGAAAACGUCCAAACGCAGCUCAAAAGGUUGCAAUGCAACGAAAAGCUUGGGACCAAUCAGUACGAAAGAUCGUGCUGCUACGUUUUUUCUUGUCAAGUGGGUUGGCAUGUCGGUUCGCUUUUCAACAUGGGAACGCCCUGAGGAUAUUGGUGACGAUGAACAAAUCCAGAGAUACUUCAAGCUCAGUCGUGUUCCCAGUGCGAACGAGAUCAGAGAAAGUACGUGCCAAUUGCCGUGCUGUGCUAAGAGGCACCAGCAUGCGCUAGCAAGUAGCACGAGGGGGAAGAAGUGCUGUGAAAAAGAUCGCUUUUGUACUCUGGGAUAUGGCCACGAAAGUAACUGCAGCCGUAGUAUUAAAGUUCUGGGAGGAGCCUAUGGCAGCAGCGCAUAUCAACGGUUGCACAUGGCAGAGCAAGUAAAAGCACAAUUGUUCGCUUUACAUUGCUUGCUGAACAAUCACACGCCUGACAAAGAUGUUCUCAAGCAGUGUGGUGUGUAUACGAACGCAUUUGUAACCACGAAAGAGUACCUGACACCCCGAGUUUCCAAAGAGGAUGAUGACGAAGAUUACUCGGAUGGAGAUGGAGGUUCAUCUGAUGAUGAUGCUGACUUCGAUGCACAAUUUGAUCAUCGAAAUCGGGUUGCUCUUUAUCCAGGAAUUUUGACCCUUGAUAAUGACGACGGCGAUGACGAUGAUGAUGAGGCUGGAAGUCACAAAAAGAAAACCGAAGAAGAGGUUGGAGCAGUUCUCAGUUCUCUAGUCGAGCAUGUUGCUCUUGGAUACCCUACUAAACUCGAGCCCGUCAGUGCUGAAUUUCGGCAUGACUCGACAUAUCCAGGGACAGCUUUCAAUGAGCUUCCAGCCUUCUCAGAGUUUUGCGUCGUUCUGGUUCGAUCACCAUUCGGCCUAGGUAUGCGUCUUGGAAUCAGCGUGACCAGCAGCGUAUCAGUUUUGGGAUUUCAAACGCUUGCAAAUGGUAUGAUAGGUCCUGCCCAAGCAUCUGGAGUUAUCUCGGUUGGUGAUGUGCUUGUAGCUGUAAAUAACGUAUCGGUCGCGGGCCUUUCAUUUCAAGACGUCGUCGGGUUGAUCAGUGCGUCUCCCAACCAGAUUAUCUUCCAUUUCCAUUCUGCUAGACCCGCGUUCAUGUACCCGUCAUACUGCCAAGCAAAACAAGUUACAAAGAUUUGCUUGGAUGACAUUCCGGACGACGCGGCUCCAGGAAACUCCAAAUAUGCAGACUUUAGCUAUAACAACUACAGACGGAUGCUCAAAGUUGGAGUUGCUGACCCAGGUGUGGCAUCAUCAGCUUCGGCGCAGAUGUUGAUGCAGCACUCCAACUACAUUGCGCCAAGCGGUCCCAUGCAACAUCUUUACGCAGGGGUCGUGGACAAUAGCAUUGAUCCGCACGAGCACUUCGCGAGUUUUCUGCCGGUGCGGGCCAGCUCAUCUAACGAGGAACCGCAUGGCAAGAGUACGGGUGCAAGUAAUCAUGGAGAUGCGAGCGAGUUUGCGCCGUAUGAACAGUCGCCAACAUACAAAGGUGGCCGCACGCUGCGUGCUUACCAGGUUGAAGGCCUCAACUGGAUGGUAUCAUGCAUCAAAGCUCAGCGAUCAUGCAUAUUGGCUGAUGAAAUGGGGCUGGGCAAGACGGUUCAAAUUGUGUCGCUGAUUGAGCAUAUGAAGUCAGAGGAGUCCAUCCGUGGUCCGUAUCUGAUUGUUGUGCCGCUUUCAACGAUUCAGCAUUGGCGUCGUGAAAUUGAGAGCUGGACGGAUCUCAAUGUAUGCGUCUAUCACGACAUUGGAGACCGCACCACCAAGUUUACCGCAAAAGAUAUGCGCGCGGUAAUUCGUGAUCAAGAAUGGUACUACCCGAGUUUGGGAAACUCGAUUUUCAAAUUUCACAUCUUGUUGACCACUUUUGAGACGCUGAUAGCAGACUUUGAAGAGCUCGAGCACAUUCACUGGCGAUUGGUCGUAGUGGAUGAGGCACAUCGGCUGAAGGGCGCUGGGUCACGGGUGCUGAAAAUGAUGCGCGUGCUUCACGUGGAUCGCAAGGUGUUGCUAACAGGAACACCAUUACAGAAUAAUACUCAAGAGCUCUGGGUUUUAUUGAAUUAUCUUGAGCCGGUUAAAUUUGCAAGCUUGGACGAGUUCAACAAGAACUUUGGAAAGCUGCAUUCGCAGGAGCAGGUUAUCAGGCUUCAGCAACUGCUGGCGCCUUACAUUUUGCGACGAGUGAAGGAGGAUGUCGAGAAAAGCAUUCCGCCCAAGGAAGAAACGAUUAUCUCUGUGGAACUGACAACACUGCAAAAGCAGUACUACCGAGCCAUCUACGACAAGAAUAAAAGCUUCUUGUAUCGCGGCACGAAAAAUGGCUUACCGACGCUGAAUAACAUUCAGUUGCAACUGCGAAAAUGCUGCAACCAUCCGUUUCUCAUCAAAGGUGUUGAAGAGAGAGAGUUGGACGAACUUGGUGAUGAUUCAACACCACUUCAAGUGAUGGAAAAAACAAUCGAAUGCUCAGGCAAAAUGAUGCUUGUGUCCAAAUUAAUGCCAAAGUUAAAGCGAGACGGGCACAAGGUUUUGAUAUUUAGCCAGUUUCUGAAGCAACUUGACUUACUCGAACGGUAUUGCGAGGCUAAUUCUUUCGUUUACGAACGUUUAGAUGGUUCUACUGGUGGAAGCAUGCGCCAGAGCGCAAUCGACCGGUUUUCUCGACCACACUCGAAGUCUUUCGUGUUUUUGCUCAGCACAAAAGCUGGCGGCGUGGGCAUUAAUCUCAUUGCAGCCGAUACGGUAAUUAUUUUCGACAGUGACUGGAAUCCGAUGAAUGAUCUGCAAGCCCAAUCACGUUGUCACCGUAUCGGUCAAAAAAAGAGUGUGCAGAUUUAUCGGCUGGUAACGCGUAACACAUACGAAAGCGAAAUGUUUGACCGCGCAUCACGAAAGCUUGGUCUCGAACACGCAGUGCUAGGUACAGCGUCUUUUAAUGAAAAUUCGCAGAUUACGAAGCCAUCUGCGGAGCAACUUGUAGAGCUGCUGAAGCGUGGAGCGUAUGCACUGAUGGAAGAUGACGAUACGGCAUCGAAAGAGUUUGCUGAGCGAGAUAUUGAAACUAUUUUGAAGGAAAACGCUCGUGUUCUGGUUGUAGGCGCUAAUUCUAGUGCUGACAAGGGAGCGGAUGUUGAUGCGAAUGGGGUGACGCUGCUAAAACAUAAAAGGUCGCCAACGAAAUUUCACAAGCGAAAGUCACUUGGCGGGAUGGCGGUUGACCGCUCAUCUUUUGUUGCUGAAGGAUCGACCGGUGAGCUGUCCGUGGAUGACCCAAAUUUUUGGGAGAAGGUUCUCCCAGGGGCAGUAUCAGUGGAAAUGCUGAGCUUGAAGCUCGAAGAUGGCAGCGCCGUGAACUCACGUCAGUCGAAGAUUAAGUUUAUCAGCAAUUUGGAUAUAGCUUUGACUAGCUUGAUUGCCGAAAUGAGCUCAGGAAACAAUCCUGACGAUGGCGGUGCUGGGAGUCGAGAUAUUCAGCACGACUAUGAUAUUGCUAUACAGGUACUGAGCACUGUGAGCUCAAAAUACCUUGACGAGUUUUCCAAUGACCAGAUUGAUCUCGUCAAGGGAUACUUAUCGAAGUUGGAAAAAUCGCGCGUACGAAGCUGUCGUCUCGCUCCUUCCCGAGCAAGCAUUUACCAGGAUGAAGAAUUUGGUACCCCAAAGAGAAAAAGGCGAAAGAGAAGCACUCCAGCAGGCAGCAAAGCAGCAAGCAGCGAUGACGAAGCAUACGGCAAUACUCUUGUGAAGAUGAGAGGCAGUAAACAUCGUAAUCGUCCUCCGAAACACCUGGGAAGCGUGGGCACUAAGCCCCCAAUUGCCGUCUUUCAAGCGAGCGACAAUGACGAUUUGUGCACUCUUUGUGGCGACGGCGGGUUAAUUUUGCUGUGUGACGGUCCAUGUCAUCGUUCAUUCCAUUUCGAGUGCGUAGGCAUGAAUGACGAACCGAACGAUGAACAGUGGUUGUGCCCAGAUUGUGCUGCGGGACGUCACAUGUGCUUGAUAUGCAAGCAGGUCGGCGAAAUGGGCGUCGAAUUUGGUGUCACGCAAUGCUCGGUAGCCAAGUGCGGCAGAUUUUACCACAAGGGCUGCCUAGGCAAGAACCCGCGCGUCCAGUGGGUUGGCAAGAAGCGCUUUCGUUGUCCGAGCCAUUUUUGUCAUGCGUGCUCGAAGAGUAGUAAGAUGAAGACUGCUGCCAAAAGCAAAAAGAAAAAGGACAACAAGAGCGAUGUUGUGAGUUGUAUUCAUUGCUCACAAGCCUUCCACCCAGACUGCGUUCCGUCUGCAGACAAGUUUGUACGACUAUCGAAGAAUCUCAUGAUUUGCGCAAGGCAUUUAGACGGGGAAAAGCCACCAGCUUCUGCAGGCCGAGCGUCUGGAUCGAAAACCACAACACAUCGCGCUAGUGCAAAAACACUUUCUGCUGCCGCAGCUCAGCGACGACUGGAAGUUCCAGAGUCCACUUUUCUGUACAAAGACAACGAACCAGAGGAACAGCAUGUAGAACCUUUUAAAGGCAAGCGCAAGCGCACAUCAUCUCCACAGACGGCCAGCGUGAAUGGAUCGAAAAACAGUAAAUCUACACCCUCAACUAAAUCAGUUGCGAAACCGACGAAACCGAAGUUUUGUGCGCUAUGUCACCGCGGAAACGUAAUGGGAAGAGGUGCUGAACCUCAAGGAUUGUCACUUCCGCCUUUAGCAAGAACGGGAGCACGUAACGGAACUGCUGGGACAAGCGUGGACUCAACUGGGACUGCUAGUGCUGAUAUAGCCCUUGAGGGACCUUUCAUCGAGGCUCCAGUUCGUUUGAAGUACACUGACAAGCCCAACGAGUCUGUGCAUGUGCACUUAAACUGUGCCGUGCACUCACCUGAGGUGUACGUGAAGGCCGAUGGACUCAUAAUGAACUUGCCGAAAACAAUCAAGCGCGGACGCCAGCUUAAAUGUACUGGUUGUCACCAAUUUGGUGCCACGGUGGGCUGCAUUGUUGCCAAAUGUCGGCGUAACUACCAUUUGCGUUGUGCUGUGGAAAGCGGCGGUGAGAUUGAUGAAACCACGUACACUUUGUGCUGUAAACCACAUGCAGUUGCACGCAAGGAACCGACACGUGUAUGUGUGUGUGAUGCCAAUCCAGAAGACUCGACGCUCACGUUAGUGUGCGCUCCAUGCAACACGAAGUUUCAUCCAAAGUGUGUCAAUAUGUCCGAUCGCCACGCGGCUCGGAAGGCAAAAACGUGGGUCUGCAGUGUUUGCGAUGGUUCAGCUGCAACGAAGCCGGUACCGCCGACUCACAUGCUCGCUCCGUUUCAUUCAAACACAGCAACGUCGAAGAAACCAGCAAGGACGAAGGCGAAAGAGCCGUUAAAGACAGCAAUAAGGAAGAAGAGCAACCGCAAGGCUGAACAAAGUACCAACGGCAUCGAAUCGCCGCCCAAGCGUAAAAAGCAAAAGAAGAACCGCUUGAGUGUACCACGGAAUACGUUGUACCCCAAGACGAAUAGUAUGUCUCAUGGAAUUUCGCCUCAUAUGGAUGCUGACUCGGAUAGCGGGGUCUCAUCGGACGAGUAG